AUUACUUUGGAGUUUGCUGAGAAAAGUCCAUUUUUAUAAAAUUUCAUAGAAAAAAUGUAACCGUCUAUAAAUAGUAGUAGUGGAGAGUUAGAACAGAGAACCACUACACCUCCAUUUUUCUCUGUAUACAAAUAUUUUUAGCUUCCAUUUUCCACAAAAACACCAUGGACAACAACAACAACACUCACCAAUCUCCAGCUGAAGCUUCAGCCGCAUAUCCACCAGAGACACCCUACGACCAUGUCCUUCAACAACAAUUGCAAAUGUUCUGGAAUUACCAACGUCAAGAAAUCGAACAAGCUACCGAUUUCAAAAACCACCAACUUCCCCUCGCUCGUAUUAAAAAGAUAAUGAAAGCUGAUGAAGAUGUUCGUAUGAUUUCAGCUGAAACUCCUGUUCUUUUUGCUAAAGCCUGUGAGAUGUUUAUUCAAGAACUCACUCUUCGUUCUUGGAUUCACUCUGAGGAGAAUAAGCGUAAAACGUUGCAGAAGAAUGAUAUCGCUGCCGCGAUCAGUCGCACUGAUACUUUUGAUUUCCUUGUUGACAUUAUCCCCAGGGACGAAGUAAAGGAUGAGGGAGUUGGGCUUGGGCUAGCGCCGGGUGGUGUGCCGUAUUAUUACCCUCCGUUGGGCCAGCCGGCUCCGGGUGGGGUAAUGCUUGGUAGGCCUGCUGUUCCUGCUGGUGUUGUCCCUGGUGCUGUUCCUGGUGUUGUUCCUGGUACUGUUCCGGGCACUGUUCCUGGUGUUGUUCCUGGUGCUGUUCCCGGUGUUGAUCCAUCAAUGUAUGUGCCUCAUCUGCCGUUCCAGGUGUGGCAAUCAAUGUGGCAGACAUCAGAGGAUCAUUCGUAUCCUAGUGGAGGUGGAAGUAGCAGUGGACAGGGUACCGAUGACAGCCAAAUGUAAGUAGUUAAAUGAUCUCGUUUGCUGCUGGUUUGGAGGCUUUAACAGCAGAAGUGAAGCUAGAAGUUAUGGAAGGGAAUGUAAUUUCUUUGUCAAUUGUAAAUCCACCGUGUUGCUACUAUGUAUGUACUGGUUUGACGACUUGAACCUGUGUCUAAAUAAAACUCGAGUCUUUUGUGUAA